AUGAUAAAGAGGACUGUGUAUCAGAGACAGCUAUUGCGAUUUGGGCGAUUGCUCUACUACUCCACCAAUAGCUCGUUCAAGACAGCGGUGGAGGCAGCUGAAAAAUUAAUCACUCCAACACAACCAAAGUUCCUGGAUCCCUUUUCCAUCGUUAGCCAUGAAAUGUCUCACUUGGCAAAGUCGAUUGCUAAUCUUAUAGGCUCGGGCCAUCCAACCUUGAACAGAGUCAGCUCGUAUUAUUUUGAAGCCGAAGGUAAAAACGUACGGCCAUUGAUUGUGUUGAUCUUGAGCAAGGCCUUGCUGAAGAUCCCCGUUGAACAGCGUCAAAGAAUACCAAUUGACGACAUUGACGUGACCGAGCAAGAACAUAUCAAGGGAACCCCAAGAUUGGGCCUGGAGUCGAUAGCAGGUAAUAGUGUCGAUGACAGUUUGAGCCCGUUGCGGAUCUUGCACGGCAUCAACCCGCGAAUCAUAUUGGACCCCUUGAGCAAGCCCAUGGACCAAUUGCCCAAGAUGGAUAAACUCAACGGCAUCUUGCCCAAACAGCGAAGAUUGGCGGAAAUAGUCGAGAUGAUACACACGGCCAGUUUGCUCCAUGAUGACGUUAUAGACUUGUCCGAUUCGAGAAGAGGUAGACCUAGUGGCAACAUUGCCUUCACCAACAAGAUGGCGGUAUUGGCUGGGGACUUCUUAUUGGGCAGAGCCUCGGUGGCCAUUGCCAGAUUGCGGAAUCCCGAAGUCAUUGAGUUGUUGAGUACCACCAUUGCCAAUUUGGUCGAGGGCGAGUUUAUGCAGUUGAAAAACACCGUGUUGAGCAAUAGAGAAGAUGACGGCAUUAUUAAUAACGACGGCGACCGCAAAAAGAUGCCCGACCCAACGGGCAAAGUGCCCACACGACGCCACGAGUAUUCCGUCACCGAGCAGGAAAUUGUCGACCACGAGACAAACGUGCAGGCGUCGUUUGAGUACUAUUUGCACAAGACAUAUUUGAAAACCGCUAGUCUCAUGUCGAAAUCGUGCCGUGCUGCAGCCGUGCUCAGCGGAGCUCAAGAUGACAUAAUUGAAAACUGUUAUCAAUUUGGACGCAAUCUAGGACUAUGUUUCCAAAUCGUUGACGACGUCUUGGACUAUACAAGCUCCGAGUCGUCGUUUGGCAAGCCAAGCCAAGCGGACUUGAAAUUGGGCUUGGCCACGGCCCCGAUUUUGUUUGCGUGGAAACAAGACCCGGCAUUGGGCGACUUGAUUGCAAGAAAAUUCAAAGAACCCGGCGACGUUGAGAUUGCUCGUGAAGCUGUGGACAAGUACCAAGGGUUAGAACAAACUAGAGAAAUGGCGGCAAGAUACUGUUUGGACGCUUUAGAGAACUUAAGACAAUUACCUGAAUCCGACGCUCGCAGUGCGUUGGAGCUAUUGACAAAUUCAGUCUUGACUAGAUCUAAGUAA